GCCGCCAAACAGCUUCACCGAAGAGAGAGAACCUCACAGGGGUUAUUUCUAUUUCUUUCUUUUUUAAUGAUUAAUUUACGCUGUUUUGGCCGUGAAUUAAUCUGUUCAUUUUUUAUUUAAAUAAGACAGCCGGUAUAUUUGACUGAUGACCGCAAUCUUGAUUUAAAAAAAAGGCAGACGGUACUCUACUCGAGCCUACCAUUCCUCGUUACCGCCCUGAUACCAGCUUUGCCAUACUUUAAAUAGGAGUAAAACAAGUGAGUCGCUUAUUUAGUUACGUAUUCGGAUACGAGCCGGGAUAAUUAACAUUAUGCCCAUAUAAAAUGGGCUAAGCUAUUAAAAUUUAGAUAAGUAUCAGCUACUGAAAUGAGUGGUUGUAAGGCGGAGUCCCUGAAGGCAGCACGACAUGUUUACUGUCAGUCAGUGCUGAGGUGUGUGUGUGUGUUAUUUCAGGCACUUGUGUUUGCAGGUUGAAUAUUUCUUCGCUUCGUUGGUUUAUCUGAUAUAAUAAAUUAAUGACCCCGCAUUUCGCCCGUCCUCGCUCACGGUCUCGGGCAGGUAUGUCAGCUACACGGAAGUGUGUUUACAGCGCGCGUCCCCAGCGCGUGCUUAAAUGACAGGAGGCUGGCAGUGGCGCGUCUCAGAUCGAGGACAGGCUCUGCUCACAGCUGGCGGAUCAGCAUGGCACCCAAAGACCCUCUCCUCGGCUCCCUCAAAGUGUGUGUCCUGAACCUGCAGUCAGAUGGAGAGACCCUGACAGAUUCUAACCCUCACCUCGCCUCCUGCUGUGAGCUGCUGGAGCUGGUCCUCAGGAAGGGGCUCCAGCAGCCAGUUCUCAGUCUGGUGCACAGAGAUUACUGGCACUGUUUUGAACAGCUUCCUCACCAAGAUACCUGUGGCAGUCUGUCUGCUCUGUCCUUAGCGGUUGAGCAGACCAGAGUUUGCAGGAAGCUGCUCUCAGCUCAGGGCCGAGGCCGCUACCUGCUCAGGCUGGCCCUCAGCCGCAAGGUCCUGCCGCAGUUCUUCACGCACCUGCUGCACACAGCCAGACUCCUGGAGUGGUACAGCCCAGAUUUAUCCAUUCUCAGGAAUGAGGAAUUUAUGGAACCUUUCCUGUCGCUGCUGUUGGUCCUCUCACACAUGGACUUCAAACUGGACAUGGAGAAUUGCAGUUUUCUGGAUGAGAGCUGGCUCCUUCCGGUGUGUGAGAUGUAUGAAGUCGUGCCCUGCCGGGAGCUGGGGUUGGUUCUAAGGUAUCUCAGUGGGCGCGUCUUCGUCCUCGACCUGAUGCCCGGCAGUCAGGCUGACGUUGACAGGUUCGUCUGUCCCGGUGACAUAAUCGAUGAGAUCAACGGGACUUCGCUGAGGAAUUCCAAAAGUGGACAUGCAGGUGUAGUUCUGUCUCGGUUUAAGGGCUGCCCUUUGUCCAUCCGCAUUAUACGAUGGAGGGCCCAUGAUGGAACCGUGUAUAGACCCCUUAUCAAAUUCCUGCGGGCGCUGAGGACAGAAAACCCCACCUUGCACUUGGGUCCUGCUCCCUCCCUGCAGACAGCCAGUAAAGACCAGAAGCCCCCGCCAUCACAGUGUCUCAAAGAGGGAAGGAUUGUGUACAUAGUGCAGUUCCUGGGAAAGGCAAACAUUGGAAUGUUUGGAGGAAAGGAAGUGCUGCAGCAUGCGAUUCCACAGGUGUUGCAGAAAAACCUACCUAGCAAGGAAGUGCUUUUAGAUUUGAAGGAAACACAUUUGACGUGCACAGACAGAAACAGUAAAUUGGAGUUGUUUGAGCACCAUUAUCCAGAGAUUUCAUGUGUAGGGAGAUAUGCACAGCCAGACUACACAGUAUUUGCCUUCUGUGUGGCAGACUCCCCAGAAACCCCUCAGUCCACAGGCUUCUGCUGUGUGGCGCUUCGAGCGAGCAGCAUCAAGGAGUGUGAAGACAUCGUCUGCCGAAUCGCCACCGGGUUCAAGCAUACUGAAUGGUUUGUAUGACAAAACCAGCUGUGACCAGCCGUGUGUUGUAAAUAAAAGAUGUGUAGUGACC